UUUAAUACUAGUAGGAUUGCGUAAAAGAAAAUAUACGAACGAUUCUCAUCCCUCUUCCUCACUCCAAUUUCAAUAUAAACCCUAACCAGUCCCGUUUCUCUCUCUGUACCUUACUCGCCGACAUAAGUCAGAGCUGCCAUUUCUGGCUAAUCGCGUUGAAAUCUGCAGCUUUCUAUUGAUUUUGAUUCGCGGAUGGCGGAAGAGGCGGCGCGCGAGAGGGACGGCGGUGAUCGGAGCGAGACGAGCGACUACACGUCGGAGGAUGAGGGAACGGAGGACUACAGGCGCGGCGGAUAUCACGCCGUGCGGAUCGGUGACACAUUUAAGCAUGGAAGAUAUGUCGUUCAGAGCAAGCUUGGCUGGGGCCAUUUCUCCACCGUUUGGCUAGCUUGGGACAUUCAGAAAUCUAUAUAUGUAGCUCUGAAGGUUCAAAAGAGUGCACAACACUACACUGAAGCAGCAAUGGAUGAGAUCACUAUUCUAAAAGAGAUUGCUGAGGGAGAUCCAGAGGAUAAAAAAUGUGCUGUGAAACUUUUGGAUCACUUUAAGCAUUCAGGUCCAAAUGGUCAGCAUGUGUGUAUGGUCUUUGAAUACUUGGGAGACAAUCUUCUAACCCUAAUUAAGUAUUCAGCCUACCGAGGUCUUCCCCUUCACAAGGUUAAAGAAAUUUGUUUCCACAUUUUAGUGGGACUGGAUUAUCUGCAUCGUAAAUUAUCAAUCAUACACACAGAUCUGAAACCAGAGAACAUAUUGCUUUGGUCCCGGAUAGACCCGUCUAAAGAUCCUACUAAAUCAGAGGCACCUCUCAUCCUCCCUACCAGUAAGGGAAAGAUUGCAUUUGAAUCUCAGGCUUCAAAAGAUGUUAAAGGGACAUGCAGUGACCUACCUAAAAACCAGAAAACGCAAAUCAGGAGAAAGACUAAUCCAGCAGCGAGGAGAUGUGCUGGCUAUGAAGCUUCUGAGGAAGCUGAGCCAGAUAAUGAGGCAAGUGGAAAUCAAGAUUCUCACGAAGGUGACAAAUCCAAUGGAGAGGGAAAAUUUGAUGCUUCAAUUCUUGGAUCAGCAAACAAUGAUGAAAGUAGUGAUGGGUAUAUUGGGACUAAGGAUAACAAGAGGGGUACCCAGUCUGCAAGGAAGAAGCUCUUGGCUGAGGUUGAUCUAAAGUGCAAAUUGGUUGAUUUUGGAAGUGCAUGUUGGACACACAAACAAUUCACCAGUGAUAUUCAGACAAGGCAGUACAGAUGCCCGGAGGUUAUUUUGGGAUCUAAGUACUCAACAUCAGCUGAUAUGUGGUCAUUUGCUUGCAUUUGCUUUGAGCUGGCCACCGGCGAUGUCCUUUUUGACCCACAUAGUGGUGAAAACUUUGAUCGUGAUGAGGACCAUUUGGCCCUGAUGAUGGAGCUUCUUGGAAUGUUGCCACGCAAGGUUGCUUUAGGCGGACGUUACUCUCGAGACUUCUUUAAUAGAUUUGGAGACUUGAGACAUAUUAGAAGAUUGAGAGUUUGGCCUCUCGUGAAGGUACUUUCGGAGAAAUAUGAGUUCCGUGAACAAGAUGCUAGUGAGAUGGCUGAUUUCCUUAUUCAGAUACUAGAUUUUGUGCCUGAGAAAAGGCUGACAGCCGCUCAAUGUCUUAAUCAUCCAUGGAUAAGUGGAGGCCCUCGCCAAUUAGCCCCUUCGACCUCUCAACCCAAGGAACUAGAAAAUAGUAGUUCUGAUAAGAAGAGGGACAAGGAUGAGAGGGAGGCGAUGGAGGUUAGAGUGGGAAAUAUUGCUAUUGAUGGAGCAUCAAGGCGUACCAAAGAUUCUAUAUCUUUAUCACACCCAUAAAGAACCAUUGAUCAUGAUCUGGUAUCGUAUUCAGUCACUUACACGUUGAUCUUGUAUGAAGCUUGCUUGGACAGCUGUAAUCCCAUGGCCUCUCUAAUUAUGUGGAUGGUGUGCACCAAUUGUUGAGUUCAAGUGAGAAAAAUAUCGGGAAAGCAAUUUUAACACAGUUCAAUAAUUGAUACACCGGCCAGGAGCAUGUGUUAUUGCUGGUUGUCCUUGGUAUGAUUAUUUAAUUACUUUCAUAACUAGGUCUGGCAUACGGCUGGUCUUAUCUGUACAUUUUACUGGUGCACUUUUACUCUUUGGCUAACCAUCGUUGGUGUCUGCCUGUUCCUGAGUCUAAAACUGUGUACGGUGGUGUGUGUGCGCGCAUGUGCGCUUGUAUGCUAGGUUUGUCCAUGCAUGACGGAGGAUGUGGCGGUAUUGUAGCUAGAGAAAAUAAUAGUACCUCAAGCCAUCUGAGAAGAGUUGUAACCUGACUGUCAUUGUAUCUUAUUAUUCAUUAUAAGCAAUUGAGCUCUCAUUUUCAGAGGUGAUUUUUCAA